CAUUGCACUGUUAACUUAUCUGGUUGCCGUUAAUCAGAGUGGAUAAAAAGCCCAGAAUUUUCUGGGCUCUUCCUUUAAUGUUGGAAGUUCGUCCAACGUGUUGUGUCGUUAGUAGUGUCUUUAAGUGUUCAGUGUUUGUGCAAAAAAAAUGCAAGGACUAAGUGAGAUGAGUGAUAAGGGAUAUUCAUCUACCCCGGAACCUCAAUCUAAUGUCAGGAGGCAUCGAUUUGAAUUUGGGGCUAGAGAUCCGGACUUGGUGAAGCGCAGGAGGUGCAGAAGUGCAUUGUUCAGGAAAAAGAAAGUUUCUGUACCAUUUGCUGGAUACUAUUCGGAUAGCGAUAUGCAGCCGGUGAAUCUCGCCAGGGGAAGACGUCGUGUAAAGAGACGCUGUUAUACGCCAGGACCUUUCGUUGGGGAGCCGAAUCUUGGGGAUUUGAGCCCAAUUGGAAGUGAGAAGGAGAUCAGGAGUUAUUCUUCCUCCAGGGCUUCAAGCAUCGUCCUUUGUACCAUCAGCAGCAAUGAUGAUAUUAAUGGGCUGCCCAAUGAAGUCUUCUAUGAUGAUGAGGGAAUUAGGAAGUUCCUCAAUGAACGCAUGACUUUAAAGGGCGUCUUAGUCAUGUCCUUGGCGGGACAUCUCUUGCCGAAAUUUGAAGCUGCUAAAUACGAGGUCGACGACCUCCUUAGCAUGAAGAAUGAUGAUUUCGUCGAGUUGGGCAUCACUGGCAAGAGAGAUAUCGGACUGAUCAAGUUGACAAUCAUGUCAACUGGUAGAUCGCCCGCAACAUUUCUAAGCGAUACUCCAAGCGACAAUUGAGGCCUCAAAGACUUUUCAAUUUGAAAUUCUAAAUGACUUCAAGGAGUGUUAAGUGGAUUUUCCCACGAAAAAAAAUGUACAAGAUGAAUUUCAGUGGAAAAUAUUUGAGUGUCCAAUAAAACUUGCAUAAAUGUGUUGUGCAUUUCAUCAGGAAAAAAUGUGCAUUGGAGUAAUUUUUAAUAUCCAACGUUAUCCUUUGUGCUUCCAACUCUUUCAUUAUUGCUUCCUGCUGUGUCCUCUAUUGUUGUUUCAUUCUGGCUAAAAUAAUGUUGCGGGAUUAAUUCACAGUUUUCUGGCCAACCUUUGAAAAGUGAUUUGAGCAAAAUGCACCAGAUGUAACAUUGCAGGUGAAGCAAAUUAAUUACAGUGGGGACUGAGGAGCAGUGAAUAUCAAGCAGAAAAUUUCUGUAUAUUUUGUUGGUGAACGUGGGAGAAAAUGUGCAAGGAAAAUUUGUUGAUUGAAAGAAAGCUUCAGAAGGGGUUUCUUAAGCUUCUGAGUGGUUCUUCCUACUCAAAAAUGACGACGACUGUCGAGAGAUUUUCCGGCACAUUAUGAAAGGGUUCUCGGGCUGGGUAUAUCAAACAAUCUCCAUUGAAAGACCACAUGGGGCUGAAAAGGAGCACAUCCCCGGGAAGCACAAUGGACAGCGUCAAUUGAGUGGUGUUGCUGAGCACAGUUCUGCCACAAAGACUCCGGCAUAUCUCACAUCAUCACAGGCAGCCUCCAGUGUUGGGUCACUCUUCGACGCUACCACAUCCGACCCGAACUCUCUCAAUCUCACAGUCCAAUCCAUCGAAUGGACUUAUGCCAAUUGCACACGAUACCUCCACUGUGAUCCAGUGAAUAGUUUCGUGAAUGAUAGUGCAGUUAGUGCUAUUGAAGUGAAUUCUGUGGGUAUAACCUACAAUAGGACAGAUUUCUUCUCACUAAAUAGUGAGACAUUGAUCACUAUGAUCGUGACUGCAAUAAUACUCGGGAUCGUCAUUUUAGCGACUGUGAUUGGCAAUGUCUUCGUGAUUGCGGCUAUUUUGCUGGAGCGCAACCUGCAGAGUGUGGCCAAUUAUUUGAUCUUGUCGCUGGCCGUAGCGGAUUUGCUGGUGGCGUGUCUGGUGAUGCCACUGAGUGCUGUGUAUGAGGUAUCCCAGGAGUGGCGUCUGGGUGCUGAACUCUGUGAUAUGUGGACAUCGAGUGAUGUUCUAUGCUGCACGGCAUCGAUUCUCCAUUUAGUGGCAAUAGCUUUGGACAGAUAUUGGGCUGUGACUGACAUAGAUUAUGCCCAUCAGCGAACAGCCCGAAGGAUUGGAGUGAUGAUUCUGGUGGUAUGGACACUGUCAUUUUUGGUGUCAGUAGCCCCAUUGCUGGGGUGGAAGGAUCCCGAAUGGGGCAAUAGGCUCAACGUUGAAUACAAGUGCAUGGUAUCGCAGGAUGUUGGAUAUCAGAUAUUUGCAACGGCUUCCAGCUUCUAUCUACCCCUCCUGGUGAUACUCGUCCUGUAUUGGCGCAUUUUUCAGACGGCACGCAAACGAAUCCGACGGCGACAACAGGUGAGUGGAGCCCAGGCUCAGCCGUGUGGAAUGAUUGCAACGGCUGCUGGAGGAAGUGCUGGUGUGGCAGCUGCGGUUGUCACAGUGAUUGGGCGUCCAUUGCCGACAAUCAGUGAGACGACGACGGCUUUUACAAAUGUUUCGUCAACCAAUACGAGUCCGGAAAAGACGUGCAACAAUGGCGUGGAGAAGGAGAAAAAUCAGGUGGAGCCUGAAUCGACAACGGUGGAUUUGUCUGUGGCUUAUCCAACAACAUCAGCAGCUACAUCGGUCAGGACAACAAUAACACGGCGAAAGCAUCACAAUUCCACAGACUCGAAGAGGGAACGAAAGGCUGCUAAAACACUGGCCAUCAUCACAGGCGCCUUUGUCUGUUGCUGGCUUCCGUUUUUCAUCCUUGCCGUCCUCAUUCCAGUCUGUGCCUCCUGUGACAUUUCACCCAUCGUCAUGAGCAUCUUCCUGUGGCUGGGAUACUUCAAUUCAACCCUCAAUCCCAUCAUCUAUACCAUCUUCUCUCCAGAAUUCCGACAGGCCUUCAAGAGACUCCUGUGCAGGCGCAAGAGUCAUCGGUUGAGGACUCGACACAUGGGACUGAGACGGGGGGCGCGGCGGGAACGAUACAUAGGACUACAUGUACAAAAAAAAAAUUACAACAGAGUUUUAGCUUGAAAUAAACACUCAUGAGUUAUUGAGAAAGUCAUCCAUCAAAAGAUAUUGGCACGAAGACAUACGCAUAAACAAGGAAAAAAAAGAUCCAGAAAAGCUCAAAAUAUACCGAAAAAAAUGAGAAGAUAUGAGAAAUGAAAAAAGGAGAUUUAUUUAAUAUUUUAGGCAAAAAAAGAAGAUAUAUAUAAUAAAUAAUACCGGGGAUGCGUGAGAGAGUCGACUUUUGAAAACCAAUCUUCCAAUGAAAGUAUAGAACAUUUAUUAUAAAUUUUCAUCUGUUUCUUAUUAUGUUUGAUGAAAGGUAUAAAAAAAAGGAGAAAAAGAGAAGAAAAUUUAUUUAUAGAAUGAAUUUAAAUGAGACAGUGCGAAGAGAAAUUUAUUGUUAGAAAAUUAAAAUGUUGAAUUUGCAUUUUGCGAAGAAGAGACGAUGUGUUUACUAGACAAGGUGAAAAUGACGUAAAUUAGUGAAAAAUUAAGAUGCGGGUGUUUUCCCAUGAGAAUUUUCCAUCUCUUCAACAUAGAUUUUCUCUUAGGCCUUUCUCUUUCUCUCUUUCUCCUUGGUCUCUUUUUUCUUAGUUAAGUAUCUCGUCUGGGGUAGAUAAUGACGCAAAGGUACUUGGAAGGAUAAGCAAACGAAAAGAGAUUUUUAUGUUAACCUAAAUUCCUCUACUGUCUCCUUUUGGCGCGACGGCAUUUCUCUGCAUAAGAAGAAAAGUGAGAGUAUUUAUCCUUUGAAGAGAUUAUCUUCAAUUUUCAUUUUUACCCCCAUUUUCGCUAUAUUUGCUAUAUUUUCUUAUUCUUUUUUUAGGGAGAAAAACUAAGACAAAGAGGAGGGCUGUCAGGCUUCGCACACGGUGUGGCUUCGAACACUUUAUAUUUUUCCCAUGCUCCUCUAAUGAAUCUGAUCUAUUUCAAGAAAAUAUAUUGCCAUUAGGUUAGAUUCAUUAAAAAAAAUACAUCAAGAAUAUGAAGUGUUCAAAGCUACAAUAUCUGUGUACGAAGCUUGAAAACCUUCCCCUACUCGAAGAGAAAGAGAGAGAAAAAGUCCUUUUUUUGUCUUCAGACAAACAAAAAAUUAUGUGAAGUACAAUCAUUAAUAUUUAUAUGAUACGGAAAAAGAAAUAUAUAUAAAUAUAGGACAAAUUUUAUCCUUAAGAAGAAAAAGCAUAGGGACAAAAAAAGGGGGAGGAAAAUUCACGAGAGGAAUCGCAGGAUAGAUUUAUGAAAAGAAGAAUAAAUGGGUGAAAAGAGGAUCAAGUUUAAUGGAAUGAAGAGUUGGGGAGAAACUUUUUUUGUUGUUGUGCGUGAGUUUUUUUUUCUACAAAAAAACAGAAAUUCCGAGACCUUUCACCAACAAAAAAUACAUAUUUUCCGGAUUAUAUACUCCUAGCAAUUUUCUCAAAUGCUUUGCACUCAUUUCUGAUGUAGACAUAAAAAAAACUGUGAAUAAAUGUUCUCAACAAGGGAGUAAAGUGAUGAGUAGUAGAGUGAUGUGCUAGGAAAUGUCAUUUUUUACACUGGAAUACUUUGAGUGGCUGAAAGGAAUAAAAGGAUUUUUCAAUUUGAAUAUUUUCCAAGGAAAAUUAUUGAAUGCUCUACAAAUGAAACUCUCUACAUUUGCGAAAGAAUGAGUGGAGAUACUUGGAAAGUUUUUACGUUACGUAACACAUAGUCAAAAGGCUAUGUUUUUAUACGACGUUUUGUUAGAUGCAACGUAACCUAUUUUUUUUUAAUUCAAAGCUCUGGAAUUGGUUAUAGGCUCUUUUGCUUCACAAUUUUAAUCACAAAUUUAUUACUCUUCAAGAAUUUAUAAAGUGGUUCUAAUUCUCACAAUUCGAAAGGUAAAAUAAGCUUUUAUAUACUAUAUUUUAUAACAUAACCUCAAUUUUAUGAUCUACCAUUUCUAACCUUUUUCUCAAGGAUUUUGAGGAUAUGAACUUUGAAAUUUCGAUAAUGCCAUAAAUACAAUUUUUUUUGGCAAAAAUCACACGAUCUGGCGCUUUUUGUAUAAGAUUUUGAACGAUCUGUGACCUUAGUGGUAUACUCUUUCAUUGAAGAAUUUAAAAAGACAAUGAAAAAAA